GCUCAUGCAGAGUCGACACCUCGGCUUCGAACGGCCGAUACUGUGUCGAGCAUUUGGGCUUCGAGUGUAACUUCACUUGGUUGACUCGCAGCGCGUCUCUUUUCCAGCUCUGCAAAGUUGCUGCCUUUCUUUUCUCGACACGCAGGGCCGGAGGAGUUAACAUUUUGGAAAAAUGAAUGAAGAAUACGACGUUAUUGUCCUGGGAACCGGACUCACGGAAUGCAUUCUGUCAGGCAUCAUGUCUGUGCAGGAGAAGAAGGUUCUGCACAUGGACCGGAAUAGUUACUAUGGAGGAGAGAGUGCUUCCAUCACCCCUCUGGAAGAUGUCUACAAACACUUCAAUCUUCCUGGCAGCCCUCCGGACUCUAUGGGGAGAGGUCGGGACUGGAAUGUGGACCUCGUCCCGAAAUUCCUCAUGGCCAGUGGGCAACUGGCUACCAUGCUGGUGUACACAAAAGUGACUCGCUACUUGGAUUUCAAAGUGGUUGAGGGAAGUUACGUGUACAAAGCUGGCAAAAUCCACAAAGUUCCUUCUAAUGAGGUUGAAGCUCUGUCAUCAGGUCUGAUGGGGGUAUUUGAGAAGCGACGUUUUAGAAAUUUCUUGACAUUUAUUGCCAACUAUGACGAAAACAACAGCAAAACCACCGGUGGCUUUAGCCCCAACAGGAAAAUGAGGGACAUUUUUAACUCAUACAACUUGGGGUCUGAGGUGAUGGACUUCACGGGCCACUCCCUCGCCCUCCAUCGCACGGACAACUAUCUGGACGAACCUUGCAUCCAAACAAUUAACAGGAUAAAGCUUUAUAGCGAGUCUCUGGCCAGAUAUGGAAAGAGUCCUUACCUCUAUCCGUUGUAUGGACUGGGAGAACUGCCACAAGCAUUUGCAAGGCUGAGUGCAAUCUAUGGUGGGACGUACAUGUUGAACAAACCCAUUGAAGAGAUCGUCAUGGAGAACGGGAAGGUGGUGGGCGUCAAGUCUGAGGGAGAGAUCGCUCGGUGCAAGCAACUAAUCUGUGACCCCAGCUACUGUCCACAUCUCGUCAAGAAAGUGGGUCAGGUGAUCAGAGUCAUCUGCAUCUUAAAUCACCCCAUCAGCAACACCAGCAACGUGUCCUCCUGCCAGAUCAUCAUCCCCCAGAGUCAGGUCAAAAGGAAGCACGACAUCUAUGUUUGCAUGAUCUCCUUCGAACACAACGUGGCAGCGACCGGUAAAUACAUCGCCAUUGCCAGCACCACUGUGGAGACAAAUGACCCCGAGUCAGAGAUCAAGCCAGCUUUGGCGUUAUUGGAACCCAUCGAACAAAAAUUUGUCAGCAUUAGAGACCUGUACGAACCAACCGACGAUGGCAAGAAAAGCCAGAUUUUCAUCUCCCGUUCAUAUGAUGCCACAACUCACUUUGAGACUACCUGCAACGACAUCAAGGACAUCUUCAAAAGAAUGACAGGCUCCGACUUUGAUUUUGAGGACGUAAAGCGCAAGGACGGCGACAUCUUUGGCGAUUGUCCUGAGUAGAGUCGAAGCGGCGUUAACACUACUGAAAUUCCAAGUGGGGGGGACAAAAAUGCUGAUAAUGAAUCUUACUAAAAUAAAAAUGACAGAAACGCGUGCUGUCUGAUGAACCAGGUGUUUUCAUCUUGUUUAUCAAGGACUUUUAUCAUCUAGAUAUUUGAUAAUGACGUGAUGGAUGUGGUUCAGCAAGACAGAGCAAUUUUUUUUGUUUUAUCUGAUUCGGUUGACGCUACGCUUCUUUUUUUUUUUUUUUUUUUUUUUCUCCUUUUAAUAAUCUGACUCUGGUUGUUGCACUAAAGUUUGUUUGAUAUCUUGCAUGUAUUCUGUCUCGCUAUAACACAGUAUGAUGAUAUCUAGAGCAAAGAUGCCAAACCUACCAAAUGGAAUAAAUAGUAUUUUUAAUGUUACUCUUCAGCAAAUGAAAUGGAACUAAAAGUAUUUGCUAGAUGUAUAAUAAAUCUAUGCCUCAGUUA